UUAAAUUGAAAUAUAAUAUUUUUUUAUAUACACAUAUAAUAUUUAUUACAUCAUUAUAUAUUGUAACAAUCAACACAUCAAAUAUAUUUCUUCUUAUAAAUAAUAAUUUAAAGCAAUUUCUCGUAUUCAGAGAAUCUAAUCGACUUUAAAAGGCUACGCAAGUAAAAGUAAUAAAAAAGAAGAAAAAGGAGAAGGAAAAGGAGGAGAAGACAACAAAGUGCUUGUAUCGACACAUAUGUUUAAAAUACACAUAUAUAUAUAUAUAUAUAUAUAUAUAUAUAUAUAUAUAUAUAUAUUUAUUGCAUUUUUAAUCGGGAUGAAUGUAAUAAUUAAUUAUAUGUAAUAUAAUAUUAGCUUUAACUCUUCUUAUUAUUUAUUUAUAUUCAAUGAUAUCUUUUACAUAAUAAUAAUUGAUAAUUCUUUUUUUUUCUUUUCUUUUUUCCAAAUUUACACAUUUGUUUGACGUGAUACGUUUAACCUGUUAACUUUUUACAAGAAAGAUUUAAAAUUUCAUUUCUUUUUGCAAUUUUAUUAAUUCAGUAAAUACUCAGUAUAAACCUAGUAUACUCUAUACUUCAGUAUAGAUCUAUGUAUAUAUAUAUAUAUACAUAUGUAACAUGAACUUUGAUAAUUUCAUCGAACAUUUAACUACGAUGUCACUACUCCUACGUAUGUAUCUGUUAAUUUUUUUUAACACCUUCUUUUUUUUUUUUUUUUUUUUUUUUUUUUUUAUAAUUACACCAGAACCUAUGAUACGUCAUAUAUAUAUUACCAAAUUACGUCGUGAAUAAAAUUCGUAAGCGAGACUUUUUUGUUUUUUCUUUUCUUCCUUUUCUUUGCUUUUUUUUUUUUUUAUUCCUUCUUUUUUUUCUUCUUCUUCGCGAGAGAUAAACCGCCGUCUUACGGAGAUCGAUCGAAGGAAAACAAACUCGCAUGACCGAUAAAAAUAUCCAAAGAGUCUAGUACGCUUUUUGUUUUGUCAAGGUAAUAUCCAUCCCGAUGAUUAUUUCUUAAAUUACAGGAGUGAUAUGGGAUAAGAUUAAUCGCUUUAAUAUCAAUUAUAAGAAAAUUUUCAUAUCAAGAAAAGAUCCAAUAAGUAGCCGUGGUGGGAUACUCUAAUCUGUUAUUGAAUGUCGAAGGCUCCGUGGAAUUGUGACUGCGGUCGUUCCGAUCCGAUAAUAUUUAAAAAAAAAAAGAACGAAAGAUUCGCUUGCAAUUGUGGUUGGGAAGGAAAAUUCAUUUACGGUGUUUCCCUUACCUUGGCUAUCUUCGAAAUGAAACGCUUUUUCAUGUUGUUAUUGGAGAUAAUAGCUGAAUGGCAAGUGAUUCGAUUCGCUGGUGGUUUACGUCCUGUUAUUCUCACCUUGCUCGACAUUAUCGUUGGCUUGCCAACAGCUAUGUUAGCUGUUCGUAUUAUACGCAAAUACAAAAUGCCGCGAUGUUGUUCGAAACCUAAAAAACUAUUUAAAUGUCUUUUGUUCGUAAUAACGAUGUGCGUUCUCCUAAACAUCAUGACCCUUAUCUCGAUUGGAUAUCACAUUAGCGUAAAACAGGAAACUCUUGUAAAUAUAUUCAACGCUUCUAUGCAUCUUUACGUUAAUAUGGCGUCAUACAAAUAUGCAAUAGAUGAGUUACAACUUGUGUUCCAAUGUUGCGGACAUACUUCUUACACCGAUUGGUUUCUUUUCGAUUGGCAGAUGGCAGAUUAUGCAUCACGUGACGAAAUGAUUUAUGAUAAUAGAAUAUCUGAUGAAGAAUUUCGAGAUCGCGGAGUACCAUUUAGUUGCUGUAGUUUACGUUCGAUGACACCAUGCGUACAUGCCGAGAUGAUGGAUAAGGAUAUUAAAAGUAUCAAUGAGAAUGGCUGUGCGGAAGUUAUCAGUCCAGUUAUAAUUAGGAUCGUUGUAAUCGCAUAUGUCAUGACUACCACGUUGAUCGUCACGCAAGCUCUAUUAGCUUUUUUAAUCGCAAGAGUACAUUAACAACAACGAUGCAUCAUCGAUACGAUCAAUACGAUUAUUCGAUAUUAUCUUAAGGAUCUAUAUUUCAUUUUUGUAGAUGAUCGAUAGAUUUUCCGAAAAAGUACGAUUUCCUGUUUCUUCUUUAAGCUCAAUGGAUGGAUCUACCUGCUUCCUUACAGAAACAAAUAGCUCGAGUAAAAAGAAAAACGAUCGUUAUAUUACUUCGUCGAUUUACAAAUGUGUACCACGAGAUAAAACAAAGUCUGGACAAAAAGGGAUGAAGAUAAAACGUUUAUCUCUUGUAAAGAAUGGUUCUACAAGAAGAAAGAAAAGCCGACAAAAAUCAUUGAAUUCUUCUAUAUCACGAUGUAGUUCUCCUAUUAUAGAAUGCACUAUCGAAAAUUCUGAAGUAGCGAGAAUAAAACCGAGUACUCACGAGGAACAUAGGAUAUCAAGGAAACGUUUGUUGACCAAACGAAUUCGUUGAAUUUGUUAACUUCAUUAUAUGCACUUUCUUAAGGGCGAAUAAUGAGAAAAACAAAGAUUCUUUAAGGGAUUGUGACAGAUUAAAAAAGAAGAAGGAUUAAGCGUUAAGAUUGCAAUUAAAAAAUAUUCCGCACAGCACGAAAUAUUAAUAGGAAACGAGGAAAGUAUUUCGUUACGCAUGGAAUGCCGUGGUGUGAAACGUAUGCCAGUAUCCAAAACAAAAUAUUGUUUGUUAUGAUUGGAGGUAAGUUGUCUAAAAGGUGGAAAACAUAAUCGUCUGCAAAGCGAUGGUGG